UAUAUUUCAGUACACUUUAUUAAAUAAGUCUCAGAAAUUGCUAAACAUGGAUGAUAAAUAUGAAACGGUGAAGCUAUGUUACACAAUACACAAAUACUCAAGCCAUUCAGCUAAUUACAUACCAGAAAAUAUAAUGGUAAACAACCCAUCGGAUCAACUCUCGAGAUGGUUUACGGACAGCAACACGCCCUCGCAGUAUAUAAUGUUGAAAAUAAAAGCGCCUGCUAUAGUCGAAACUAUCAAAUUCGGGAAAUACAUUAAAGCUCACGUCAGUGACCUGAAGAAAUUCCAAAUAUUAGGAGGCACAGAUGAACACAACUUAUCUGUGUUGUUAUCAGCAGGACUCAAGAAAGACAGUGCACCGGAGGUGUUCAGGCUCCGACACAGGACCACAGAAGGCCUGUACCUGCCAGUGCAGUACCUCAAGAUAGUACCGCUGCAGUCAUGGGGCCCGGCGUACAAUUACACCAUCUGGUAUGUUGAGCUGCAGGGGAAGACGCAUGAGGACCUGAUGGCUCACGUGCUGGAUACCAUCAAUUUGCGCAAAGAGGAAGAAGCAGUCAGAAUGCUCCUGAAACACUUACGGCGUCGCCGUUAUAAGGAUGCGUUUGAGGCACUAUCGCGCGAGAGCGGUGUGCGACUCGAGGGCGAGCUGCAAGCGCGGUUAUGGCACGCCUUAGUCGAGAAUGGGGACUACAAGCUAGCGGAGGAUAUACUGGACGAGGCAGUCACAGAAGGUGAAUUCGAUUGGUACAUGUCGUGGCAGCCAUACACACCGGUUUGGCGCGAGAUGUCGGGUUGCUCCGUGCAGGUGGAAGACCGCCUAUGUUGCGACACGCCACCCCCGCAGCGCUCCAACGAACUAUCGUGCGCUGACCGCGAGCCACGACCGCUCGAUGCGGAGGUGCCCGUCAAUGGGAGUCAUCAGAAUGCGACACUUAUUGCUGUACCAACCGGACCUCGUGGCGGCCACCAACUAGUGGUGGACUCUACUACUGGCACAUUGUACCUCUUCGGCGGCUGGAACGGGACGGAAGAUCUCGACGACCUGUGGUCAUACGACACAGAGACAGAGCGCUGGGCGCUCCUCUGCCGGCACAGCGGUCUCGAGAACGGGCCCUCGCCUCGCUCGUGCCACAAAAUGGUGUUCGACCCCGUGCACAGAAGGCUAUACACUCUGGGGAGGUAUCUGGACAACGCGCAGCGAGUACCCAGCAAUAUGAAUAGCGACCUAUACAUGUACGACGUGCCAACCAGCCAGUGGUCGCUGGUGACGGCGGACACGGCGGCCGCGGGCGGGCCGCGCCUCGUGUUCGACCACCAGAUGUGCAUCGACUGCGACACGCGCACCGUCUACGUGUUCGGCGGCCGCGUGCUGCCGCACAACACGUGGUCGCUGGUGAUGGCGGACACAUCGGCCGCGGGCGGGCCGCGCCUCGUGUUCGACCACCAGAUGUGCAUCGACUGCGACACGCGCACCGUCUACGUGUUCGGCGGCCGCGUGCUGCCGCACAACACAGAGGAAGCUGCGACGCCGCAAUACUCCGGUCUGUACGCGUACUACCUGAACACCAACACCUGGCAGCUGUUGCUUGCUGACCGCCACACGCUGCCCGCGCCGCAGCCGCGCGUGUCUCACUCCAUGCUGUUUCAUCCGGUACAACGUAAACUGUACAUCUUCGCAGGCCAGCGCAACAAGGAACACCUGUUAGACCUGUGGUGGUGGGACGUCGGUACGAAUACAUGCGGCGCGCUCUGCAGCGGCGCCGCAGCGUGCCCGCCGCCCGCCGCCGGCUUCACGCAGCGAGCGACGCUGGACCCGGACACGGACGAGCUGUUCGUGCUGUCGGGCAUGAGUAAGGAGAAAGACAAACGCGUGUACAACACACUGUGGGUGUUCUCUCUACGGCGUCUCACGUGGACUUGCGUGUACCGGAACGAUAGUAUCACGCCGCGGGAGCCCAGACCACGAUUCGCCCACCAGCUUGUCUACGAUCCCUUACGAAAGAUCCACUACCUAUUCGGCGGUAACCCCGGCAACCAGAACAGCCUGCGCCUGCGCCUCGACGACCUGUGGGCGCUCCAGCUCAAACGGGCCUCCAUAGAGAAAGUGUCCAGGGAAGCCAAGCUCGCACUGAGGGAAGCCUGCUUUAGAGAGCUGGCAGCGACGCCCGGGAGGGACACCAUGGCCUUGAAGUAUCUGAGGAAGGAGCUACACGAUGUGCUGGAUCACAAUAAUCCUGAGGAGGUUGAUCGUUUCCACGCACUAGCGACAGUGUUGUUCGCUGGUGGUUCAACAGCGCGCGGCGCCGUCGCGCUAACACCGCGUCGCGUGCGCACUCUAGCAAGGCGCCGCGUGCGACACUCCGCCCCGCCAGACCUAGCUCAUGCAUUACACGCGGUGUUAGGCGCGGACGACACAAUCCCCGAGCCCCCGACGCCGUACGAGGACGUGUCUCUCGAGGCGCCCGACACCUGGGACGUCGGCGAGGACGACGCCGACAGCGGCGCCGGCGACGCGGACUGGGCCGCCCGACACGCCAGGGUCUUACUCUAUGACAACCUGUGUCGGUACUUCAGGCCUAGCAAGGUGCCGCCGCAGCAGGACAUAGCGGACCUGGUGGCGCUGUGAGACGCGGUUGGCUGGGCGCAGGCUUUGCAAGAACAAUAGACACGUAGAGCGGGCUCACACUUCAUACUACAUGUUAUCUUUACUGAUGUGCCCUACAAAAGUUGCCAAAUUUACCAAGUUCAGUGGAAACACAUGGAACAAUUUCGGAUACUUCUGUAUUGGGAAUUAAAUUUUCCAUUUCCAAAACAGAAAUUGAUUAAUUCUUGUCAGAUUUUCCGCUCGUGAACAGUGUCAAUUUUUAGAAAACUUUUCGUAAGUUGUAUAUCUUUAUCUUUGUACAUGUCUGCCGAUCACAACAUCGGCAGACCGUUUCCUGAUUGGCAGGAUAAAGUCCUUAGGUUUCUUCAGAUAUCUGAAGGGCACAGUGCCUAGAAAUAAGUAUUCGACUACUAAAGUGUACUGGGAAAAUUAUUUUCACGUUUCACUAUAUGACAGUAAGAAUUACAUGUUCUGCCGGGUCUUUCGAUCAAAGUCCGACAUACAUAGCCUCCUCAGUCCUCGUGUACAGUCGACUACAAAGAGAUGGAUCCAUUUUUUCACCUUAUUACAAUUUACAAUGCAAUAAGGUGAAAAAGUGUAUACAUCUCUUUGUAGUACAAAUUUAUGUAUAUAUU